AUGUUCAGUGAAGACGAUGCCGAAUACGGGGGUGAGCCUUGCGGCAUCGCUAUAAUCGACUGCGUCGAUGAGGACGAACUGUAUCCCUAUCGCUCAAGUGAGCGCGUUCGAAGGGAUUCAUCAGGUGCAAUUAUACUGACGGCUAGCAAAAGGCAAACGAGCGACGCACGCAAAGGCAUGGAAGCAAGUGGAUUUCAGGAGAAACUGGUUGUCACGAUGCGGCGCGCUACCUUUUUGAAAAUACGCCGGCCCGAGUUCUCGCUUUCUCAACUCGCGCUGGAAGAGCUGCACGAUGACAUGAUGCAGUGGACUGACGUAAUGGUCAAGAGCAUUCGAAACAUCGUGUACGCAACGCCUUAA